GAGUCAACUCUGCCCUAAACCCUAAGUUGACCAGAGGGGAGCAGACAGACAGACACAUCAGAUCCGUCUGGGAGCCUCCAGCCAUGAGGCUCCUCUGGGGACUGAUCUGGGCAUCCAGUUUCUUUGCCUUGUCUCUUCAGGAGCCCAGGUUGCUCCUGUUCUCUCCUUCUGUGGUAAAGCUGGGGACCCCUCUGUCUGUGGGACUACAGCUCCUCGAAGCACCCCGAGGACAAGAAGUGAAAGGACAUGUCUUCCUGAGAAAUCCAAAUAAUAAUAAUGUCCCCUGCUCCCCAAAGAAGGAGUUCACCCUCAGCUCAGAAAAAGACUUGGUACUCCUCAGCCUUCAGGUCCCCAUCAGAGAUGUAGUGGACUGUGGCCUUUUCCAACUGCGUGGAAACCCUGUAGUCCAGCUAAUGGCCCAGACUCCAUGGCUGAAGAACUCUCUCUCCAGAAAGACAGAUGUUCAAGGGGUCCACUUGCUCUUCUCAUCUCGUCGGGGACACCUCUUUCUGCAGACUGACCAGCCCAUUUAUAACCCUGGCCAGCGAGUUAGGUACCGGGUCUUUGCACUCGAUCAAAAGAUGCGUCCAUCCAUUGACGUCCUCACAGUCACGGUGGAGAACUCUCAUGGCCUCAUUGUACGGAAGAAGGAGAUGUAUGUUCCCACAUCCAUCUUGCAAGAUGAUUUUGUGAUUCCAGACAUCUCAGAACCAGGGACUUGGAAAAUCUCAGCCCGAUUUUCAGAUAGCAUGGAUUCCAACAGCAGCACUCAGUUUGAUGUGAAGAAAUAUGUUCUUCCCAACUUUGAAGUGAAGAUCAUCCCUGGGAAGCCCUACAUCCUGACAACACCUGACGACCUUGGGGAAAUCCAGCUGGACAUCCAGGCCAGGUACAUGUAUGGGAAGCCCGUGCAGGGGGUGGCCUAUGUGCGCUUUGCACUCCUGGAUGAAGAUGGCAAAAAGUCUUUCCUGCGGGGGCUGGAGGCCCAAAACAAGUUGGUGGAAGGCCAGAACCACAUUUCCCUCUCAAAGGAAGAGAUCCAGGGUGCUUUGCAGAAGCUCAGUGUUAGCAUCCCUGACCUUGUAGGGCUGCGCCUCUAUGUUGCAGCGGCCAUCAUUGAGUCUCCAGGGGGAGAGAUGGAGGAGGCAGAGCUCACAUCCUGGCGUUUUGUGUCCUCUCCCUUCUCCUUGGAUCUUAGCAACACCAAGCAACAUCUCGUGCCUGGAGCCCCCUUCCUGCUGCAGGCCAUGGUCCGAGAACUGUCAGGUUCCCCAGCCGCUAAUGUUCCGGUCAAAGUUUCUGCCACACUGUCUUCGGGAUCUGUUUCUACACUCAAAGACUUUCAACAGAACACAGAUGGGACUGGCCAAGUCAGCAUUCCCAUCACCAUCCCCCACACCACCACAGACCUGCAGCUCUUGGUGUCUGCAGGUGUCCCCCAUCCAGCCACAGCCAAGUUCAUGGUACAAGCCCCACCUCCAGGAGGCCCUGGCUUUCUGUCUAUUGAGCGGUUGGAUCUUCACCCCCCUACUGUCGGAGACACUUUGAACCUGAACUUGCGAGCUGUGGGCAUCAGUGGGGCCACCUUCUCUCACUACUACUACAUGAUCCUGUCCCGGGGUGAGAUUGUGUCUAUCAGACGAGAGCCCAGGAGGACCUUGACCUCUGUCUCCAUCUUUGUGGACCAUCACCUGGCACCUUCCUUCUUCUUUGUGGCCUUCUACUAUCACGGAGGACACCCAGUGGCGAACUCCCUACGAGUGGACGUUCAGGCUGGGGCCUGUGAGGGCAAGCUGGAGCUGAACCUGGAUGGCUCUAAGGAGUAUCGCAACGGGGACAGUGCCAAACUCCACAUACGGACGGAUUCCUCGGCACUGGUGGCACUGGGAGCCGUGGAUACGGCCCUGUAUGCUGUGGGUGGCAAGUCCCAUAAACCCCUCGACAUGGGCAAGGUCUUUGAAGUCAUAAACAGCUACAACCUUGGCUGCGGUGCCGGAGGCGGGGACAACGCUCUUCAGGUGUUCCAGGCAGCGGGGCUAGCCUUUUCUGAUGGGAUCCAACUUACUAAAGCUAAAGAGAGUCUGAGCUGUCCCAAGGAGAAGAAAACCCGGCAAAAGAGAAAUGCAAACUUCCAAAAGGCAAUUAGUGAGAAGUUGGGCCAGUAUUCUUCCCCAGUGGCUAAGCGCUGCUGCCAUGAUGGACUGACACGGCUGCCUAUGCGCCGCUCCUGUGAGGAGCGGGCUGCUCGAGUGCGACAGCAGGCCUGUCGGGAGCCCUUCCUGUCCUGCUGCCAGUUUGCUGAGAGCCUGAGAAAGACGAUCCGGAACAAGGGCCAAGGGAGCCUGGCCCGAGUCAUGGAGUUCCUGGAGGAGGAGGACCUGAUCGAUGAAGAUGACAUUCUUGUGCGCAGCUUCUUUCCAGAGAACUGGCUCUGGAGAGUGGAGGCAGUGGACCUGUCCCAGACACUGACCCUGUGGCUCCCUGACUCUCUGACCACAUGGGAGAUCCAUGGUGUGAGCCUAUCCAAGAGCAAAGGCCUGUGUGUGGCCAAGCCAGCCCAGCUCCGCGUCUUCCGCGAGUUCCAUCUGCACCUCCGCCUGCCGGUCUCUGUGCGCCGCUUUGAGCAGCUUGAGCUUCGACCGGUCCUCUACAACUACCUGGAUAAAAACCUGACCGUGAGCGUCCAUGUGUCCCCCGUGGAGGGGCUGUGCCUGGCUGGGGGCGGAGGGCUGGCCCAGCAGGUGCUGGUGCCUGCCGGUUCUGCCCGGCCUGUUGCUUUCUCUGUGGUGCCCACGGCAGGGGCUGAUAUAUCCCUGAAGGUGGUGGCUCGCGGGCCCCUUGAAUUCCCUAUGGGGGAUGCAGUGUCAAAGGUUCUGCGGAUUGAGAAGGAAGGGUCUAAACACAUAGAGGAGAUCACCUAUGAACUCAACCCCCUGGACCACCGAGGCCGAAGCUUGGAAAUUCCUGGAAAUUCUGAUCCUAAUGUUGUCCCGGAUGGAGAUUUCAGCAGCUUUGUCAGGGUUACAGCCUCAGAUCCAUUGGAGACUUUGGGCUCCGAGGGGGCCUUGUCCCCAGGAGGCCUGGCUUCCCUACUGAGGCUUCCCCAGGGCUGUGCAGAACAAACCAUGAUCUUAUUGGCCCCAACUUUGACUGCCUCCCGCUACCUGGACAAGACAGAGCAGUGGAGCAAACUGAAACCUGAGACCAAGGACCAUGCUGUGGAUCUUAUUCAGAAAGGCUACAUGCGGAUCCAGCAGUUUCGGAAGAAAGAUGGUUCCUAUGGGGCCUGGUUGCACCGGGACAGCAGCACCUGGCUUACAGCCUUCGUGCUGAAGGUUCUGAGCUUGGCCCAGGAACCAGUGGGCGGCUCACUUGAGAAGCUUCAGGAGACAGCUCAGUGGCUGCUGUCCCAGCAGCAGACAGACGGCUCCUUCCAUGACCCCUGUCCAGUCAUCCACAGGGGCAUGCAGGGGGGCUUGGUAGGAAAUGACGAGACCACAGCACUCACUGCCUUUGUGGUCAUUGCCCUUCACCAUGGGCUGGCGGUCUUCCAAGAUGAGGAUGCAAAGCAGCUGAAGCAGAGUGUGGAAGCCUCCAUCGCAAAGGCAAACUCCUUCUUAGGGGAAAAGGCAAGUGCCGGGCUCCUGGGUGCCCACGCAGCCGCCAUCACGGCCUACGCCCUGACGCUGACCGCAGCCUCCCGGGACCUGCAGAACGUUGCCCAUAACAACCUCAUGGCCAUGGCCCAAGAGACUGGUGAUAACCUGUACUGGGGCUCCGUCAUUGGUUCUCAGAACAAUGCUGUGCCACCCACCUUAGCUCCUCGUAAUCCGUCAGAGCCUGUGCCCCAGGCCCCGGCCCUAUGGAUCGAAACCACGGCCUACGGCCUACUGCACCUGCUGCUUCGGGAGGGCAAGGCAGAGCUGGCUGAUCACGCUGCCAACUGGCUCAACCACCAGGGCAGCUUCCAAGGGGGAUUCCGGAGCACCCAGGACACAGUGGUUGCCCUGGAUGCCCUGUCUGCGUACUGGGUCGCUUCCCACACCACUGAGGAGAAGGGGCUUAACGUGACUCUCAGCUCUACCGGCCGCAAUGGGUUCAAGUCUCAUGUGCUGCAGCUGAACAACCAACAAAUUAAGGGGCUAGAGGAGGAGCUACAGUUUUCCCUGGGCAGCAAGAUUAAUGUGAAGGUGGGAGGAAACAGCAAAGGCACCUUGAAGAUCCUCCGGACCUACAACGUCCUGGACAUGAAGAACACAACCUGCCAGGACCUUCAGAUGGAGGUGACAGUCACCGGCUACGUGGAGUACACGAGGGAAGCCAAUGAGGACUACGAGGACUACGAGUAUGAGGAAUUUCCAGCGGGGGACGACCCCGCCGCCCUCGUGCAGCCCGUGACGCCCCUGCAGCUGUUUGAGGGGCGGAGGAGCCGCCGCAGGAGGGAGGCACCCAAGGUGGCAGAGGAGCCGGAAUCCAAAGUGCAGUACACCGUGUGCAUCUGGCGGAAUGGCAAGGAGCAGCUGUCUGGCAUGGCCAUUGCAGACAUCACUCUCCUGAGUGGAUUCCACGCCCUGCGGGCUGACCUGGAGAAGCUGACCUCCCUGUCUGACCGUUACGUGAGUCACUUUGAGAUGAAUGGGCCCCAUGUCCUGCUCUACUUCGACUCGGUCCCUACCUCGCGGGAGUGCGUGGGCUUUGGAGCUGUGCAGGAGGUGGCCGUGGGACUGGUUCAGCCCGCAAGUGCCACCCUGUAUGACUACUACAGCCCAGAGCACAGAUGUUCUGUGUUUUAUGGGGCACCAAGUAAGAGCAAACUCCUGUCCACCCUGUGCUCUCCUGACGUCUGCCAGUGUGCCGAGGGGAAGUGCCCUCGGCAGCGUCGCGCCCUGGAGCGAGGACUGCAGGACCAGGACGGUUACAGGAUGAAGUUUGCCUGCUACUAUCCCAGAGUGGACUAUGGCUUCCAGGUUCUGGUGCUUCGAGAAGAUGGCAGAGCAGCUUUCCGCCUCUUUGAGGCCAAGAUCACUCAAGUCCUGCACUUCACUAAGGACGCCAAGGCCACUGCUGGUCAGACUCGAAACUUCCUAGUUCGGGCCUCUUGCCGCCUUCGCUUGGAGCCACAGAAGGAGUACUUGAUCAUGGGACUGGACGGGGCCACCUAUGACCUCAAGGGAGAUCCCCAGUACCUGCUGGACUCAAACAGCUGGAUCGAGGAGAUGCCCUCUGCGCGCCUGUGCCGGACCACCCGCCAGCGGGCAGCCUGCGCCCAGCUCAAUGACUUCCUCCAGGAGUACAGCACCCAGGGGUGCCAGGUGUGAGCACUGCUCAGCUCCUGCCCCGGGCCCACCCAAGCCGGGGAGAGGCGGCACUCGGCCGUGCCACUCUUCCUGGCCUCUGAAUACAGCAUAAUAAAGGCCUUUGGCCGCACAGUGUC